GCAGCGCGGCCGGGCCGGGGCCGGGCAGAGCGAGGCGGCCGUGCAGCAUGCUGGACCCGGAGGGCAGUGUGGAGCACCAGCCUGCCUCCUCCUUCCCCAAAGUCCUCCUCAUCCCUCUAGCCAUGCUCCUCGCAAUUGCAACGCUCCUGCUCUUAGCUUUUUCCGCUACGCGGCAGAAGGAGCCUGAUUUUUACACUUUCAAAGUUGUAAACAUCAGGGGCAAGCUUGUGUCUCUGGAGAAGUACAGGGGCUCGGUGUCUCUAGUUGUCAAUGUUGCAAGUGAGUGUGGGUACACAGACAGCCACUACAAGGCCUUACAGCAGCUGCAGAGAGACCUGGGCCCAUACCAUUUCAAUGUGCUGGCAUUCCCCUGCAAUCAGUUUGGGCAGCAAGAACCAGACACCAACAAAGAAAUUGAGAGUUUUGCACGAAAGACUUAUGGUGCCUCCUUCCCCAUGUUCAGCAAAAUCACAGUCAGUGGAGCUGGAGCAAUUCCUGCCUUCAAGUACUUAAUUGAUUCUACAGGAGAAGAACCAACCUGGAACUUCUGGAAAUACCUGGUGGACCCCAAUGGGAAAGUAGUAAAGGCCUGGGACUCUACUGUCUCUGUUGAAGAAAUAAGACCCCAUGUUACAGAACUUGUAAGGAAAAUCAUCCUAAAGAAGAAAGAUGAAUUAUGACUUUCAAAAAUCCCAGAUGCCAAUUGUAUCUUAGUUGAGAUUUAGGGCUGGAUUUUGUCUUUUCACAUUCCAAAAGAGAGUAUAUGGGGAAAGGGAAUUAUGACCAGUUGAACCUGUAUUCACCAUUGAAGAAUGUGGAAACCAACAAGUUAACAAAGUAAUGCAAUAUUUUUCUCCAACCAAAUUCAUUUUGAGUUUUCUAGGAAAGAAGAAAUCUUCAGCAAUUGUUUCUUCCCCAAUUCAAUUAUUAGUCAUUGGUAACACUAAAGGAAGCCAGUUCAUAUAGGAAGAAAGAUCAGAAUAAUGAGAAUGUCCUAGCUGGGAUUUUCCUGAUAGCUACAAAUCUGUUGUCAUAUUUUGAUUGCAAACUGAAUAAAAUAAACAGCAAAAAAUGCCUGAUUGACUUAAGGUGUGUGCUAAGAGGGCCAAACCAGAUACUUUCAGACCAGACAGAAUUUCCAUGUUCCAAUUACCACAGCCAAACAGUUAAUUUCAUCUGUCUAGAAAAUUUGAAGGGCAUGGGGAAAAUGCAUCUAUAAAUCUUAAAUGAAAGAAAUAUGAAGACAAAGGCCCUGUAAAAAUUCUCCAGAAGCCAUGAGAAGAAUUUCUGCAUUUUUUCACCAAGAUUAUCAGAUGAUAUUUAAAUAGUCAUUGAACAUCUGUAGGACCAGAGUCUACAUGAAAAGGCUAUUUCUUUCUUCUACUAGCAUUUUGCUUUAGAAUUACUCUCCCCUCAUAAAAUUGAUGUUGAAUUUUAUUAUUUAUUAUUUUUCCAUUUAUAACACUGUCCAAUUUUGCUGCAUGUACAGACAAACAUCAGACAAUCAAGAUAUUUUUUCCAUGGAAAUAAUUUUUCAAAUAUUUAAUUCUUGCAUAAUGUUAUAUAAUUUAAUACCACAUUAGAGUUAAAAGUGCUUAAUGGAAGCUUUUCCAACUGUAACAGUCAGGCAUCUGCUCAGACUUCAGAAGUCCUUGAAUUUUAGUUUUAGUUUGUACUAAAAUAAUAACACUGACAUUUGCAGCCUCAUUGUUCCUUGACAGAAACCCUUUGAAAAUCUUCUCAAGAAGAACUCUUUUUAUCUCAACAAAAACCCAAUAUUCCCAUCCUGUUAACCUCAGGAUGCCUUAAGAGGAAUCUAGCCAUGUCCAACUUCAGUAUUAUUGACGAGUGAAAACCAUUUUUGUGCCUUCUGAUGCUUUCAAGUAGCACAGACAAUGUUUGUCCAUAUAGGUGUCAGGGCCCAUGUGUACAAAUAAGCCUUAAUUGACCUGACCAUGGUAAAGACUUUUCCCAACUCCUCACUGCCAUUAGAGCUCUUCAGCAUCCAAGCAGGCUCUUGUUGAAAUCAAAGGCAAAUAUUAUGGCAUGGUCUGGCUCACAGAACAAGAGGGAAAAGAAGAAUACUGAUUUGACUCAUUCUGUGGAGUUCUCCAUGGAAGUAAGAUCUCCAGGUACAUUAGGAUUUGCAGGAAGAACAUGAAAGACAGAGAUUAUACUGCAAAAAACAACCUCAAAUUGUCUGAAAGAAGCUGAGAGCAAGUUUCUUUAAGUUUUAAUGGAAAAAAAAGAGUGGCUGGAAGAGAGAAUAAAAGGAAGAAGUAAUAGAAGAACAUAAGUAAAAGGAGAAAUCAAGUAAAGAGAAAGACGGUUUGCAGCCAAAUAAUCUUUGGGACAAAAGGGGCAUGGAAAUGUUCAAGUCUGAACAUGAUACCAAUGAGUACAUUCCAAGCUCUAUCAGCUACUUCUCACUUGAACUAUAUCAGUGCAGGAAAUUGGUGCUUGUGGCAGUGAAUAUCUGUAUUUUCCUCCUCUGAUGGUGAGAGAAGUGAACUCUAUGCCUGAUUCAGUAAUUUAGUCUAUUCUUACAUGGAUCACUCUAAGACAAUGGUUGCUAAGGAUAUCACAAAAGAAGGAAAAUCAGGCCCAGCUGAUACUGUGCAGGGACAGAGAAUCCAACUCCUUGAAAAGGAGGUCUUUAUUACUCCACAGACUGUUUCUCUUUUCUCUGUCCUUUGAUGCUAACGCAAUGCCCCAGCAGACUGCUAGCAAGUGCUGCAGGGCUUAAAAUUGUCUCCUCAGAAAGUGUUUCUAUUUUAUACCUAAAGCCUGGAUGAGACCAAACCAGGCUAUGAAAAAUAUUUUAAGCCUUUUCUAUUUCAAUUUUGUGUGUCCAACUUCAAACAGAACUCUGGAUUUACAUAGAAACAAUCUUCUAUUCUCUAUUAGACAAGUUCUACAAGUCUAAAGAGAUAUAAGGGCAAGGAUCAGUUGGGAAGGUUUUGUCCUACAUGGACAAAUAUUGUUUGUGCUGCUUUUAAAAGCAUUACAAGGCACAAAAAAAAGCUUUCACUUGUUAAUAAUACUGCAAUUGGACAAGACUAGAUUCUUCUUAAAGCAUCCUGGAGCUAAGAGCAGGAGACCUGAGCAUUAUGCUUUUGUUGUGAUAAAAAGAGUUCUUCCUGACAAGAUUUUCAAAGGGCUUCUGUCAAGGAACAAUGAGACUGCAAUUGUUAGUGUUAUUAUUUUAGUGUGAGUGAAGAAUUUUUGCAGUCUUAAGUCUGAGCAGAUGCCUGAGUGCUAAGAAUAACUGCAGGCUGAUGCUAUCAGAAUUGGUGUUCUUACAAGUUUGGCCAUUUAAAGAGAACUAAGGUAAAUAUUACCUAUGCUAGCCUUGAAAAACAACAUACUCGAACAGCCACAUGAUUUUAGGCACAUAACUACUUUCUCUGGACUUAAUCGAUACAUUUUCAUUAUUAAAUUAGGCAUGGAAUAGAUUUCAUCCUUUGUUGCACUUAAUCAGUUUGUAGAACAAAUGCUUUGGCCCUUUAAUCAAAGUUCUGAAGUAAAAGUAAAUAUUCUCAGUUGUAGAUUGAUAUAUAUCUGGUCACACUGUAAGUUCUUUAUGACUUUCUACUUGGAAAAAUUGCAAAUCAAAUUGCACUGAGUUGAAUUUGACUGUUGAUACGAUAGAGAGAACAUGCAGAGAUCAGAAAUUACUUUUUUUGUCUUGUGAAUUCCAGCACUGUUCUAAUCUGACAGAGAUCUUCCCUACAGCAAGUUCUGAAAAUUGUAAACCAGCUCUGAAUCUAUAGCAUAAGACUUUUUUUCCAUGCCACUUAUCUGCUUUGCAGAGAAAAUAGUGUGUAUUAACAGAUGAACCCAUUGAUGCAUAGAGUGCGAUUACCUUGAUCAUCUAAAACUUCAUCUUCUACAGUUUUCACCUUUAAAGGUGUGAACUCUUGGCCUGUUAAUUUAAACAUUAAACUAAGCACCUGGACACUAUUGUAUGCAGCCAUGUGCCCCCUCUGGCAUGCCACAGGGAACAGAAAUAAUUUUAAAGCCAUAAUUAUAAGUUUAAAAUUAGACAGGGUACUUUUGAUCUUUUGAAACUUUGUCUCAUAAAGAAUGUAAUAAUCAGACCUACAUAAAACCAAAGUUCUGUUUUGAAAUGGAAUAUGCCACAUUGAAAUAGAGCAAUUGAAUGAAGCUAUAGACAGGGGUUUAAACCUCCAUUUUUUGGGAUUAUAGGAAGAACAAAGCCAAAUACCCUAGUUAUCCCGACAGUCACGUCUGCUGCAUUUUACAUAAAUGCUGGGGAUGUUUCACUUGAGUUUCCAUUGUGAUUUUAGUCAGAAACUUCAGUGGCAAACUAGACACAAUUUCUCUGUGCUGGAUGGUACUCAAUUUAUUCUUCAAACACAAUAGCAUCUCAUUCAAGAAAUUGACAAUGUUAGUCAGGAUUUUCAGGAGACUGGACAUCUUUUUGGUUAAGCAAACAAAUUUUAUGCUAUCUUUGAUUAUUGAAUCAACCAAAUGUAUUCUAUGCACAGAUGAAUCUAUACUUGUCAGCUCUUAGAGACAGAUGGAAUUUAACGAGCUUAUUUCUGACAGAAAGAGACAAGUAAGCAGAGAAAUCAGGUAUUCUCUGUGACAAUUAACAGAUCCUGCAGUAAAAUCAUCACUGAUAAAACACAAAGGAGCUUACAAACCUUUUGACAAAUGAGAUACUGAAGGCAUCAAAUUUGAGGACUAAUUCUUAACCAUAUUAAAGCUCCAUAGCAGAGACAAACACAGAGGAGAAGGAAAUCACUGAGCUGUACCAAACAUCAUCUCAAAGCUGGUCUGUGAUCUGGUGCUACACAGCUAAUUCAUCUACCUAGGCAGCUCACAAACACAGUGAUGCCCACCAUAUAGGAUAAGAAACAACAAAACAUCUUUUAUGCCAACUCUUCAGCACUCUGGUAUAGACAACAGUGGAGGCUUUUCUAGUGACAGUGGCUGCUCUUUUCCAGCUGUCUCUGCACAGCAGCUGAAGGCAGCCCCAAGUAAGUUCCCAUCCUUUGCCUAGAAAACCUGACCCAAGCCAUCAGUUCGCCUGCCUAAGAGAUAAGAUGGGCUGUUUUAUCUCAAAGCACUGCACAAUACCUGCUCAACAAGAAUAUCUAAACUUAUUCCUGAAAACAAGAACAAUUGAAGAAUCACUGCGUUCUGAGUGAGCAGGCUUGUAUUCUGGAUGGUAAGCACAGAUGUGAAAGUUUUCAAGAUGAUUCUGCUGAUGGAAAUCCUUUUCCCCCACCGAAGCAGAAUUAACAGCAUCUACUUAUUCAGGGACAGAUCCUUCCCCAAGCACUAGUUGAUGGAACAGUGACAGUAAAAGGAAAUAAUAGUAUUAUAGAACAAUAGAAAAGACUGAAGCACAAUUUUGUGGAGAACAAACUUGGUAAUGCCUGAUCUGUAAUUGCAGUUC